AAGAGGAAGUUUCGUCAAAAGCAAAUCUGAUUGCCGAUUGGUUGUUUUGAGCGGUUGUUUGGCGGUUUGGUUGGGUUGGCGUUUUUCUGUGUUUGGGCUUAUGAUUGAACAACGUUGUAUCUCCGUAUUGUUUAACAUUAUGAAUUAGUGUAUUUUUGCAUGUGUGUUUCACUAGUCCUAGCAUGGGUGAUGUAGCAAGGACCCUUUUACAGCGAACGUUACGUAAAAUACCGACUGGAAAGUUAGAAGAAACGCUAAAAAAGUGGGCCCACCUUUCAAGAAGACAACAACAAUCUGUGAACUACACCCAAUCAAAAUGGAUAUUACAUGAAAACAUUGUUUCUCUAUGUGAGGAAAAUGGAUUGACAACGAGGCAUGUGAGCGAACUGGAGAUGAUCUAUUGUAUGGAAAAUCCAAACCUAGGAACUUGGAGGGCCUGUCAUCUUACAGAUGCUGACGAAGAUGCCACAUCUGUAGAGCUGCUUAGUUUUAAGGAGCAGUUCAAGUCCCACUUAGCGGAGCUGAUCAGAAAUGUCUCAAUCAAAAUAAAGAAGCAUGAUAAUGGGGCUGUUUGGAUACGCAUCGCCUGGGGAGACAACUUCAGCAAACCUAAUCACUUCAAGCCUACAUAUGUGGUGCAUGAUCUUCAAACCCCAUAUGUUUUCAUCUCCAAUUUGAAAUCAAAGCACAAGCCACUGUUGUACCAGGGCCUGGUUCUGGCCACCAAACAUGGGUCCAUUAAAGAUGCACAUCUGAGCGGACGAAGCCUUCAUGCAGUCAGGGACCUACUGAUGGGCCACUACCAGCAGUCAUUUCCAACAAAUCACCUAAGGCCUCUUCAGGAGAGAAACCCUCCUAUAACACAUCCCAAUAUUGAAAAGGAGCACAAAGAGCAUGCUGAGAAAAGACAGCAGGUAGCCUAUGAAGCAUUUGGUGAGGGAGACAUUCCUAAACUGGAGACUGCCACAUACACGUUGGAGACCAGGUUCAGAGGGGGUGGAGGCAUGGAUACCCUUUCUGAUGGCGAGAAACCCUUCAGAACCGUUGUUCAGUUUGCCAGCACCAGCCUCCUAGAAUCUUUACGUCACUGUGUAUCGUCAGGUAUUGCCGAAGCUCCUGUAUCCCCACUGUUAUCAUCCAUCACUCAGAAAGGUCGAAAUUACUUUGUAAUCACAGACAAAGCAGACAAAGGACACAACGCCACCACCCAGAACUCUAGAGCAAAGGUCUAAGAGCAGGAAGUUAGUGUUUGUGAGACGUGCUUGUCUGAGUAGAUUUGCACCAAACGUAUUCAUCGGAAUCAGAUCUGUUUCCAGUGGAUAAUCUACUAGCAGCUAGUGUUUUAACUAUAUAAUAUUAAUAUUGUUGGUUGGUUUGACUGAUGUGUUCGUCCAGUGGAGAAAGCAUGUCCUGUUUUUUUACUAGGUAUUAAAUUCAGAAAUGUAUGUUUAUGUUUAUAUCUGUUUGUGUAUCUGUAUCUGAAUAAAGAUUCUAAACAAA